AUGAAUUUAAAUAUAAAUAAUAAUCAGAAUAGUAAGGUCAGUCAAUCACUGAUUGAUCAAGAUACAACAUUCGAGUCGAUGUGUCUAGAUAUGAGAAUCACUAGAUCCAUCAGAAAGAUGGGUUUCGAUCAUCCAACUCUCAUCCAAUCGAAAGCAAUCCCACUGGCAUUGCAAGGUAAAGAUAUCCUCGCAAAAGCAAGAACCGGUAGUGGUAAAACCGCUGCCUAUUCCGUACCAAUCGUUCAAAAGAUUUUAAUGUCAAAAGCAAAUAACAAUAAAAAAUGUAUUAGAGCAGUUGUUUUGGUGCCUACAAGAGAAUUGUGUGAACAAGUAAAGAAUCAUUUCCUACAGAUUUGUUUCUAUACACAGUUGUCUGUUGUUCAGUUGGCUGGUGACCAGUCAGAGUCAGAGCAGAAGGGUCUGUUGAGAGAUAUUCCCGAUAUUAUCAUCUCGACACCGACCCGUUUAGUCAAUCAUUUGAAGAGUGGUUCCAUUCAGUUGGAGAGUUCUCUCGAGAUGUUGGUAAUCGAUGAGGCAGAUCUCGUUCUGUCAUACGGUUAUCAAGAGGAUAUCAACACCAUCAAAUCAUAUCUCCCAAAGGUCUGUCAAGGUUUCUUGAUGUCUGCAACACUCACCGCUCAAGUCGAAGAAUUGAAAAAGUUAAUCUUACAUACACCAGCUAUCUUAAGAUUAGAAGAUACUGUUGAGAAAUCAAAUCUUUCAGAAUAUUCAAUUAGAUGUUCAAACUUUGAUAAGUUUUUAUUGGUUUUCUCAUUGUUAAGAUUAAAGUUGAUGCAAGGAAAGAUUCUUUUCUUUGUAAACGAUACUUCUAGUUGCUAUAAAUUAAAGUUGUUUUUGGAGAGAUUCCAUAUUAAAGCGGCCGUUCUCAACUCUGAACUCCCAAUUAACUCUAGACAUCAUAUCAUUUUACAGUUUAAUAAGGGUAUCUUUGACUAUCUGAUUGCUACCGACGAAUCAUUUAAACAAACUCCAAUCGAACUUAAGGAUGAACCAUUAGGAGAUGACGAAGAGGAAGAAAGUCAACCAACUCCAAAAGUAAAGAAAGAAAAUAAAGUAAAGAAAGAAACAACUAGUGAUGAUGACGAAGAAGAAGAAGAAGAAAACGAAGAUGAUGAAGAAGAAGACGAGGUAGCUGAAGAUGAUGAUGAAGAGGUAGAAGAAGUCGAAGAUGAUGAUGAAGAGGUAGAGGAUGAUGAUGAGGAAGUAGAAGAAGAAGAAGAGGAAGAGGAAAUAGAUGUUGAUGCUCAAGAAGAUCAAGAUGAAGAGGAUGAGGAACAAGAAGAUGGUGAUGAUGAAAUUAAAGUAAAAGAAGAAAAAACUAGUGACGACGAGAAAGAAAUGGAAGAUUCAUUCUUUUCAAGUACUCCAAAGGUCAAGACAGAAAAGAAGACAAAGUUAACAGACACAGAAUAUGGUGUUUCAAGAGGUAUUGAUUUUAGAAACGUAGAUAUUGUUGUAAACUUUGAUUUCCCAAGAACUGUUAAGAACUAUGUACAUCGUAUUGGUAGAACAGCAAGAGGAUCAAACAAAGGUAUCGCACUUUCGUUCAUCACACCAGACAAUGACGAUUUGCUUCACGAGGUUCAAAAGAAGAGAGGUGAAACCGGAUACAAUCUCAAGCCAUUCGAAUUCAAGAUGAAUGCAAUCGAAGGUUUCCGUUAUCGUGUGGAAGAUGUUUUGAAUACCGUCAGUAAGAAUGAGAUUUCCGCCGCCAGAAAGAAAGAAAUUGAAUUGGAAAUCAUCAAUAAUGAGAAGUUAAAGAGUCAUUUUGAAGCAAAUCCAAAAGAUUUAGAAGCACUUAAACACGAUGUUCCUCUUUUGAAAAAGAAGAUUGCUAGAAAUCUUAGAAUUAUUCCCGAUUAUCUUUUGCCAGAGGCAAUGAAAGCAACUGCAAACUCUCGUCUUCAAGUGGUCCACAAGAAAGGAAAACAACAACAAAACAACAAUAACAACAGCAACAAUAACAAUAACAAGAAGAAAGAUAUUUUACAGACAUUGAAAUCAAAACAACCACAAAAACAACAACAAUCACAACCUAAAGCAACCAAACCAAAGACAUCGACCGACGAAGAUAAAGCUAAAUUGGUUAGAAAGUUUGGUAUCACUGAGAAUGACAUCAGUAGUUCAGGUACAUUUAAAAACAAUAAGAAAGUAAAAUUAAAUAAAUAA